AUGUGUUAUCAGGGGCCGUGCAUUGAGAACUGGAACAGAAGUCGCCUGAGGUCAGCCACAUGCGAUGAGUCGCACUGCUUCUCCUUACGUCCAGUCAGUGCUCUUCCUCCCGCUGUGCUCAAAGUCACGAGCAUCAAGCGGCUCUUCCUCGAAAGCAACGAUCUUGCUGAACUACCGCACCAGCUCCCUUCUCUGACCUCCCUCACAGAGCUCUGGCUAGGAUACAACAGCAUACGUGAUCUGGAUUGCGAUGCUUUCAGCCGGAUAGGAAGAGAGGUGCCCCUACGCUUCCUCUCCCUCGAAGGAAAUAGAAUCGAGAAGGUUCCGAGAGCUUUGACGGACUUCACUUGCCUGCAAGAGCUCCGGCUCUCUGCCAAUGAUCUUCAGAGCCUCGACGCUGGGAGCUGUUGUGGCCUGACAGCCUUGACGGUGCUGGACUUGAGCAGCAACCGGCUCAAGGCUCUGCCCGAGGACUUGGCUUUGCUGACGUCGCUACGGUCUCUAUCGCUCGACAACAAUCAGCUGAAGGCACUGCCCUGCAUGCAGGACUGGACCUCCUUGCUCAGGCUCUCAGCGUCAAACAAUGAGCUUAACUGCCUUCCCGCGACUUUCAGCUCGCUCGUCUCUCUGCAGACCAUGAUGCACAUGGAGAGACGGUCCUUGACAGAUCUCCCUGCCCUCGUCUUGAAGAGCAGAGAGCUGCGACACCUCUUCUUGUCUCACAACCUGCUGCUCAAGUUGCCGGAGACCAUGACAUCUCUGACUAGUUUGCAAACUCUGCAUGUAGACAACAACAGGCUCAUCUUGUUGGAGCGAUGGAUCUCCGAGCUCCAGUCGCUCACGGAUGUGAAUCUCAGUGUUAACAAUCUUCAGACCCUUCCCUCCACCUUCUCAAGUCUGCCGCGUCUUACACUGCUCAAUGUCUCCAACAACCACAUCUUCUCCCUGCCCAGGUGCUGCGACCUAAACACUCUGAUGGGCGAUGACGUUUGUUGCAGAUUUCAUGAGUCAGUCAAGGUCAUAACCGGUCGUUAG